UGUCAGUUUAGCUUCCUUGCCGUUAGAGCAGAUUUCUAUAACAAAAAAAAAAAAAAAAGCAAUGGCGGUUGCUGUUGGUCGAGCUGUAUCAGCAACCACAACAGGCGUACGUUUACUGUCUGUCUCGCGCAGUUUAGCAUCUAUCCAGGCUUCAUCAUUUGUAACGGCGUUGUCAUCUUCGAAGUUGGGUUUGUGGCCGGUGCGGAUAAGGAACAAUGAACCCGACAGAAAAAAGCUGUUUGUUAUACGAGCUGCAAGAGCUGAGUCCGAAGGCGUUUCCCUUGGUUUCAGGGCUCCCAAUUUCCAGUUGCCAGAGCCUCUAACUGGGAAGAUUUGGACUUUGGAAGAUUUUGAAUCAUAUCCUGCUUUAUUGGUUAUGUUUGUAUGCAACCACUGCCCAUUUGUUAAGCACCUUAAGAAGGAUAUUGUGAAGCUUUCAAAUUUCUAUAUGAAGAAAGGGCUUGCAGUUGUUGCAAUAUCUUCGAAUUCUGUAGCCACUCACCCUCAGGAUGGGCCACAAUUUAUGGCAGAAGAGGCGAAACUAUAUAAUUAUCCUUUCCCUUACCUAUAUGAUGAGACUCAAGAUGUUGCAAGAGAUUUUGGAGCAGUUUGUACACCAGAAUUUUUUCUAUUUAAAAAGGCUGGCAGGAGGCCAUUUGAGCUGGUAUAUCAUGGGCAAUUUGAUGAUUCACGGCCAAGUAAUAAUGUUCCUGUUACUGGAAGGGACUUAAGCCUUGCUAUAGAUCGUGUUCUUAGUGGCCAACCAGUACCAUCAUUUCAGAAACCAAGUGUUGGAUGCAGCAUAAAGUGGCACCCAUUAAAAAGCUCGUAGCGUGCAACAAUUUUAUUCAGUUAUCUAAAGAACAUAAUCUGUGAGUGUACAUUUGCUAAGAGAAGUGGCAUUUCCUUUUAGUGCAAAUAGAUAAUACUGGAGUGCAACUUAUUUUUCUUGUCAUAAAGUUCCAUGAACCAACAGGUUCCUUUCUUUGGAAUCCUGAAAGCACAGUGGAUAUGAAAAGAUUCAACAUGUAAUUGUAAUCUGACUUGUAAUUUUGUAUAUAGGAAUUGCUCUACAUAUGGAUUAAAAGCUGUUACAAAGUUUACUGGUUACUGGUG